AUGAAUAACUUCAUUGGCAAAAUCCCACCAAUAUACAUUGAAGGUGGCAUAUUGAGAAGUCUUAACCUCAAUGGCAACCAACUCGAAGGAUCAAUACCAACAUCUUUGAGCAAGCUCCAGAAUCUGCAAGUUCUUGUUCUUCGAUCAAAUAGAUUCUGUGGUGGCAUUGGCAUAGAAGAUUUUAAUGGCACGUUUUCCUUCAGCAGUUUGCGAAUGAUUGAUCUUUCUCGAAAUGAGUUCACUGGUCGCCUUUCCCCUGCACUAUUUGAUCAUUUCAAAGCAAUGAGAGAUAUUCAGGAAAACAAAACCAGUCCAAGUUAUAUGGGAGAAAUUUAUUAUUCUCAGUAUUAUGUACUAAGUUAUUAUAAUGAUCCUAUAAUUGUAACAAUGAAAGGAUUGGAGAUGAAGCUUGAGAGAAUUUUAACUAUUCUCACAGUCAUUGAUUUUUCAUCCAACCAUUUCCAGGGACCGAUUCCUGAAGCAGUCGGAGAACUUAACUCGCUGAUAGUGCUCAACUUCUCCCACAACAGCUUAACAGGUAACAUCCCACCAUCACUCGGAAAAUUGGCAGCGCUGGAGUCGUUAGAUCUCUCAGCAAACAAGCUCCAAGGAAGAAUUCCGCAGCAGUUAACCCAGUUGUCGUUUCUUGGAGCAUUGAAUCUUUGUCAGAACAAGCUAGAGGGGCCUAUACCACAAGCAAGUCAUUUCGAUACUUUCUCCAAUGAUUCCUUCAGUGGUAACUCCGGGCUAUGUGGAUUUCCAUUGUCAAAGAAAUGCGACAACGAUGUGGGAUCGGAAUCACCUGCGUCAACAGUUGCUGAUGAUCAUGAAUCUGAAACAGCACUUUUUUGGAAAAUUACAGCAAUGGGUUAUGGAUGUGGACUGGUGUGUGGAUUCAGCAUGGGAUACAUCGUUUUCACAACUGGGAGACCUCGUUGGCUAGCGAAGAUGAUCAAGCGAAACCCACAAAAGAGAAACAGAACAAGACUCCAUCGAAAUGGAGGGAGAAGGAAUUAG